CUGUAGUUAACAUUAUAAUGUAAUCUCUCUAGGUAAUUUGAUUGCCUUUAUACCAAUUCAAGCUCAUAUGUGUGAUGUUUAAAUGAUUUUUUGCAGGAUCUCAGACCGUGGUGGUGGGAUUCUGCACAGCAUUUUGGAUAAGGUGAUGGAUUACCACUUCAGCACAGCUGAACAGAGUACACAAGAUCACGGCAUGAACAAUCUUUUUAACAACAAGACCAACAGCGGUCCUCAGUCUGGACCCAUGCAUGGAUUCGGCUUUGGUCUGCCCACAUCUCGAGCACAUGCAGAGUACUUGGACAGUUCUUUGGCCAUUCAGUCAAUGCAGGGCAUCGGCACAGAUGUCUACCUGCGCCUUCGACACAUUGAUGGAAAAGGAGAGAGCUUCAGAGUUUGACAUGCGUGUCUCUUCAUUGAUAUGACAUAGUUUUAAGGUUUUACUGGUUAACCUUUCACUCCAUUUUCUGGCGGACAAUAUCUACCACAACUGAAAUUUUGGAUUUCAUUUUC